GUGAUGUUGUAAAAGUUUUGAAAAAAUUAGAUAGAAAUAACAAAUUUGAUGUGAUAAUAGCCGAUCCCCCAUAUAAUAUUGGGAAAGAUUUUGGAAAUAAUUUAAAUGGUAAAGAACGUGCUAAUACCAAGGGCAGAUUUGGAAAUAAAACAACAACCUAUAAAGUUAAUGGACAAGGAGCGUUGCCGAGGGAUGUUAUUACAAUUCCAGCCUUAGCAGGAGGUGCUGGAAUGAUGGAAAGACAUUUUAUGUGUAAAGACUGUAAUAAAAAUUUAUAUCAUUCGAGUGAAAAAAAAAAUCAUGAAAAUCAUAAUUUACUAAUUCAUCCAACACAAAAACCAAUUCAAUUAGCCGAAAAAUUAAUUUUUUCAAGAAUAAACGGCAAUGAAGGUAGAAUUUUAAUACCUUUUGCUGGGUCAGGAUCAGAGUGUGUGGUAGCCGAGAUGAACAACAUAGAAUAUCUAGGAGUUGAAAUAAAUCCUGAAUAUAUAGAAGCUAUAAAAAGUGAUCAUAGUAAAAGUGAAAGCGUUGCUUGGAGUGGCAGAGGUCAUGAUGUUGAUAAAGAUAUUCGAAUAACAGAAGCAAACGAUAAAGUUAAUGAUAUACAAAUUAAAUCAGGAAAAAUUAAAAAAACAAGCGUAGUUGUUUCUGGUCAUAGAACAGGACGUUUUGCAGGAGAUUUAGAUAAAAUAAAAGAAUUUUUAAAUUCGAAUAGAUAUGAUACUUUUCUUAUACCUUACCGUGAAGAAGUAGACAA